UCACAAGAUGGCUGCCUCCAUGUGAUAUGAAUCGUUGUGUAAGUUGAAUUUUAUACUAUUUUGCAGUAGACAGCUUCUUAUGAGGUUUCCUUGGACCACGUAAUUCGUGAAAAAGUAGCAAAAGUUUCAUGUUAUUUGUCUGAAUUGUUUUAGUUGACAGUAAGUACCUGGUAUUGUCAGGACAUAGGACUUUCUGGCCCGACCGAGUGACUGGUAACCAAAAUCCAACAUGGCGGCAUGUCAGACGACUUUUUACUUCACACGACGGGUCAUACAGCUCGGAUAUAGGCUGCCGCUUUGCUCUGUCAGAGUGUCCAGAACAAGCUUCAGUUCUCAAGCUACGAGUCCAAAUAAACUUGACAACGAUGCUGUCGAAGUCUUAGGAAACAGAUUUGGACGAGAUGAGUGGACCAACGUUACUCCACAAAUCUUGUCCAAAGUUGGAAGAAACCUUCACAACCAACAAUAUCACCCACUCAACCUCAUCAAGCAGAGGAUACACAAUCACUUCUAUGCCAGGUACACUCAGCGCGGAAACCCGAUAUUUUCUGUCUACGACUAUCUCAGUCCUGUUGUGACCACGGAGCAGAACUUUGAUAGCGUACUGGUUCCGAAGGAUCACGUGACGCGAAGGAAGCAGGAUAACUACUAUAUCAACAGUAACCAUCUGUUGAGAGCGCACACCACUGCACAUGAUCGGGACUUGGUCAAGUCAGGACUAGACGCAUUCUUAGUGACAGGAGACGUCUACAGAAGGGACGACAUCGACAGGAGCCAUUACCCUGUGUUUCACCAGAUGGAAGGAGUCAGACUUUUUUCUAAACAUACACUGUUUGGGGGCGUGAAGGGAGGACACAUGCUGGAGCUGUUUGAGGAAGGGAGGAGGGUCCCAGAGAAACAGCAGAGGCACACACUGGAGGCUGCCAAACUGGUGGAGCAUGAUCUCAAACAGACUCUGGAGGCACUCGUCAAAAGCCUGUUUGGAGAAGACCUGCAGACUAGAUGGGUGGACUGCACCUUUCCCUUCACUCAUCCCUCCUUUGAGCUGGAGAUUUGGUUUGGUGGGGAGUGGCUGGAGGUUCUGGGCUGUGGAGUCACAGAACAAGAGCUGCUCAGGAGAGCUGGUGCUUCAGACAAGGUUGGCUGGGCCUUUGGGCUUGGGCUGGAGAGGCUAGCCAUGAUCCUGUACGGGAUUCCAGACAUCCGCAUCUUCUGGAGCGAGGACCACGGCUUCCUCUCACAGUUCAGAGUAGAUGACGUCAACCAACCUGUUAAGUUCCAGCCUUUUCAAAAGUAUGAGCCAAUCGUACGGGACAUAUCUUUUUGGAUUCCGUCUGGGUUUGAACGUGCAGACUUUCUGGACCUUGUCCGCACUGUGGGAGGUGACGUCAUAGAAGAAGUUGCUAUAUAUGAUGAGUUUGUUCACCCCAAAACAAAGAAGACAAGCAACUCUUACAGGAUCAAAUACUUCCAGCUGGAAAGGCUGCUUACAAAUGAGGAGGUCAACAGCAUACAUAAGAGAAUCCAGGAUGCUGCAGUGCAACGGCUUGGUGUUGAGGGGCGCUUUUGAGACAUUACCUUGUCAUAUGUACUGAUCCACACAGUUGCUUCGAAGGAAAGUAACUCCAGGCCAUAGGAUCACAAAGAAAGCUUUGUUUUUUUAAAGAUAGUCAAGCUUAGUUUGUGAAAUAUAUUGAACUUGAACAACAUAUCACGCAGCCCAAGUUAUGGAUUGCUGCACUUUAUUUUACAGCUGUGAAGAUUAUCUUAGUGGACACAAUGCAAUCGCUGUAAUGUUUAUAAAUUCAGCCUGACUGUGUUGCAUUACUCUUAAAUUUUGGGGUAAGGCAUUUGAUGUGAUAUAGCAUGUAAUUUGGUGAAAAAUGCUAGCUGAGGGUAGCCAUGUGCCAUCAUCAAGUGGCAGUAAGUUUACUAAAUAAACACACUGGCAGCCAUUUUGAAAACCUAAUGACCCAUAACAGAUUUGAAAGAAAAAUACAUUUCACCAGUUUCAUUAGAAAACACAGACUAUUAGAUA